AGUUUUCGUACGUAAAAUAUUGAAAAGUAAGAAAUGAAUCAAACUCAAUAGUUGGAAAAUAUUUGGUGUGUAUCGGUAAGGGACAUUUUCGAAUUAACCCAGUUAAGGUUAAUUCUGUUGUGUGUUGAUAUUAUCCGAUGGUAAAUAAAUAAUUGAUUUCUGGUCUAUUUACCACUCUCUUGUAAAAUGGGAACAAUUAAUGACGGAGGUCAAUUUAACCUAAGAAACAUUAUUACAGAAUGAGGUUUUAAAUUUAAUAACUAGUAACAGAAAUGGUAAAAUCUUUUUGGAAAGAAUGCAGUCUGUUAUCAUUUGUGGUAGGUAUUUAACGCGUGCUUUGAUUAGUGGUGUAUAUAAUUAUUCAAGUAGUACAGAAGCAGCUGUAAAUCGAAAAAGAGAACGAGAUUUUAGACUUCUUGCUGUAGCUUGUGGAUUUCCUAAAGUUUCAUCUAGAUUUUCAGCGCUUUUAAGUAAAGGACGAUACGGCGAUGAUGCAAGUUUUUUUGCCAGAUACAAAACAGCUGAUGUCCUAGGUGUGGCAGAUGGUGUAGGAGGAUGGAGGAAUUAUGGGAUAGACCCUUCAAAGUUUUCUUAUAGCUUGAUGGAAACAUGUGAGAGAUUAGUAACGUCAGGCAGAUUUAAUCCUCGAAAUCCUGGGCAUCUUAUAGCUGCUAGUUAUUAUGAAUUAAAGGAAAAUAAGGAACAGAUAAUAGGUAGUAGCACUGCCUGUGUUGUAGUUUUGAAUAGAAUAGACCAAAUGUUGUAUACUGCUAAUAUAGGGGAUAGUGGAUUUUUAGUGAUGAGAAAUGGACAAAUAGUUUAUAGAUCUGAGGAACAGCAACAUUAUUUUAAUACACCUUUCCAAUUAUCUUUAGCUCCAGCCAAUAUUAAUGAGCAUGUUUUAAGUGACAGCCCUGAGACUGCCGAUACAUCAUCUUUGCCUGUGGAAGAAGGUGAUCUUAUAUUACUAGCAACUGAUGGUUUGUUUGACAAUCUACCUGAAUCAGUGAUAGUUCAACAGUUAUCGAAACUUAGAGAUCACAAUUUAGAAAACAUGCAGAAGAUGGUUAAUACUUUAGCGUUUCAAGCUCAUAGAUUAGCUUUUGAUGCCACUUAUAUGUCACCUUUUUCCAAAAGAGCUCGAGAAAAUGGAAUAAAUGUCAUGGGAGGCAAGCCUGAUGAUAUAACAGUUUUACUCGCAGCAGUAACCAACUUGUUAGGUGAAAAAUCAAACUCAAUCCCUGCUGUUAUUGCUCACAGCAGUUGCUCAGAUCCUGGUUGAUAAAAGUUAACAUCAUGACUUAGGAAGUUCUUUUUUGUUUUUAAUACUGCUCAUAAUUUAGAUAAGUGAUAGAAAGUAGAAAAAAAAAUGAAAGGAUUACUAGGUCAGAAUUUUAGCACAUCAGAUCAUAGAAACCAAUUUAGAAAGAUACAGAGAUUCAUUUAUAUAACUUUUGGUGCUGUUUAUGUUUUCUUUAAUUUUGUAUAUUUAUAAAAGAAUUAUAAAAAUUUCAUCUGUUUAUGUUCGUUUUUAAUCCAUAAAUGUCAUUUCAGUUCAUUUCCUUAUUCUGUUUCUUAUUGUAAAGUCUGGUUGUAUUUAUGAUGUGAUAGAUAUUUUACCUGGUUUAACCUAAUUAUCUUAUUAAUCUGUGUUCUAGUGUUUGUACGUAAAAAUAGAUUUUCUCUCUUAUUUUUGUUUUAGGCAUUUGUUUACUUCGGUACUGAGAAGUAAUGCAGGUUAUCAUAAUGAUUUUGUAAAAUUUCUAUAUUAAAGAUCUUAGAGCUAAUUAUAAAUAAAUUUUAAUAUCCUAUACACUAUUAUCAGAUCUGAUCUGCCUAUUCUCAGGCCCUUGACUUCAGUCUCUUGCUUUUAAGUUUAAUUUCAGGAUCGUGGACCACCAGAUCAUUUCCUUAAACUUUUUUUUUCUUGUCAAGUGUACUAAUCGGUACUAACUUUGUAAGUGUACUAACUUUUCAAACAACCUGCAUCUCUUACCACCAGAAUAGUGACAUUGUUUUUUGUUUUUAAAUCUUUUGUUUAAAAAAGUCUAAGUCAUAAAAAAAUAUAAAAACUGUUUAUAAAUACAGAUUUCUUUUAUAAGAGUGAUAUUUCAAUUUAUGCUGAAAUAGCUAAUUUGUUUGAGUAACCUUUCCAUUUUUUUUAAACUGUUUUCAUAGACGUUUUAGUAACUGAUGAUAAGAGCAGAAAUUUUGGUAAAAGAUGUUUUCGCCAAAAAAAACUCUAGGAGAAUUUUUUGAUUGUGGAAGCGAACCAGAAAAAAAAUAUGUUUAAAGAAAUUUUGUCAAAUAUUUCUUUAAAAAUACCAAAUUGGUCAAUCAGUCUGUUUUGAAACAAUAGAUUAACAUUCUAUAAAUUUUAAGUUUAAAAAAUUCAAAUUUAAAAUAAUUGUUAUUACACUAAACAGUGGUUAUAAAAGUCUGAGACUUUAAUUUCUGAGGUUAGCAGGUCUGUGUAUCUAUGAUGGCAUAUUUUUGGUAUUCAUAUUAUUAAAAAUAUCUUCUUUUCGCUUGACAACUAUAGCAUAUCACCUUAUCUUUCCCAAAAGAAAACAAAACAGAUUAAUCAAGUUUGUAAUUUAGCAAUCUCAUAUAAUCCAUUACAGGAAUAAACAAAAUAUACUGAUAAAAUAUCUUAGAUUUUGAAAAUAAGGUUAUCCCAGAAAGUAGCUGUUUUGUCCAUAAUUCUAUAUAUUUUUAUUAUGAUAUUUUUAAUGAUUUGUAAUUGUAAAAAUGUAUGCAUGUAUGUCUGUCUUUAACUCAUUCUGUGUGGUCCCUCAUAACAUAUUAUUAGGUAUGUAAUAUGAACUGGCCUUUUUUUCAUUCAUCACUGUCAUGUUAGUUGUUGCAUGACAAUUAAUUUCAGCUUUACAUUAAAUCAUUGUAAUCCAUCACCAUAAUAUUUACUGAUUUAAUUUGCGAUAUUAUUCUCAAAUUCAUUCUAAAGCAGGGCACAUGUGUUGUAAUUUCUUUUUUAAUCAACUUUAUACUAAAUAUUAUAUUUAAAAAAAGCAAUUUUUUUUUUAGAAUUUAUUAAAAGAUGAAAAUGAAGUGAUGACUUAUAUUUAGAGAUAAAUACUUUAAUAUUAUUAAUGUAUUUAUUAUUAAAAUGGCGGGAAUAAUUAUACGAAGUGUUCUAUAAAUUUUCUCUUUGUGGUAACCAUGAGUAUAGUUCGAUAUUUUAUUAUUAUUAUUAAAUUGCACGGUCGACACCCAAAUGCUGCAUUAUUUUUUAUACUGAAAAACACUUUGUUUCUCAUUCAUACUUCUCUUUCAUUUAUAGGUUGUUUAUUUGCAGUCCUAGUUUAAUUGUAAUUAACGUUAUGUUAAAAUUGUCCGUUUAUAUGAUGGAAAAAACAUAAAUUAUCAGAUAUAACAUCUUUUUUUUUUUUUAAAUAUAAAUAAUUUACUUAGAUUAGAGAAGUUUUGAAUGACCAUCUAUAAUAAAAAAUUCUUUUUCCUCAAUUUCAGCUGAGUGAUAGUAAAAAAAAUGUAGGAGUUAAGAAUAAAGCGGUCAUAAAAACACUGUUAGCUGAAAAAGAAUGGCGUGUAUCAGAAUAAGUACUGAUAAAACAAUUUUAUCAUUGAAUUCUCUGAGCACAGUGAAAUUUUUGUGGAAAACAAUUUUUAUUGAGAAAUAAAUGUAAAGGGCGUUUUUUUUCGCCUUUUCAAUUUGAAUAACCUCUAUUUUUUUCUAUACUUAUAUUAAGUACAAAAUUAGCUCCGCUAUUCCGUUAUCAAAUUUAGUAUUAAGAAGUUUUAUUAUUUACUUUUUAUAGAUAUGGCCAUUUGCAUAGAUCCCCCUAAAAGACGUAGAAAGGGUGCUUUGCUGAAAUCAAAUUUUUGAAUUUCAUCUUAUGCAAACUAUAAUAAACUAAAUUAAAUCUCUUUAUGUUAGAAAAAUACUUUAUUGGAUUUUUUCCACAACAAAGACAUUUAAAUUUAACAUUAUUUAUUUAAAGUUGCAUGGACAUUAUUUAAAGUUGCAUGGACAAAAUGAUUGUAAUUUAUAAUCUUUAUUAAAUUUUUUGUAAACCAUAGUUGGAGAUUUUUUAUUUUACAAUUAAUUGCAAUGAAGCUUAUUUUAUUUUUUUGAAAAACUUUAACAAAUGUAAUACAACAUAAUUUAUUUUCAAUAUUACAAUAAAAAUAUAUUUAUCAAUUUGUGUCAAUUAAAACAAUUUUAUUGGUCUUGAAUUAGGUAUUAGAAUUUUUUAUUCCCUGAUUAGACUAAGAUGUUAAAUCAAAGAGUGAAAUAAAAUUGGGUUCCUCAUAUAUUAUGGUCGUUGAUAAAUACAUUUCAACAAAUAAAUGAAAAAUCCAACUACUGGUAAAUUUUUAAUCCUUUACAAUAAUUCUGUUCCUAGCAUUUUUGUGAAUCAAUAUCUAAAACCUGAUGUUAAAUUAGGGACCAAAUAGAAUUUUUUGAUGUUGCUGAACUUAAGUUUUUUAUUAUUAUUUAAAAGUUUCAACAUAUCUUAUUUUCUAAAAUUGUGUAUUGUUCAUUUGUUCUAUUCAAGAAAAUGGCUGAUAUAUUUAACUCUUAAAUGUGAUUUCACUAGAAGAACUAUAUUUUAAAUGUGUGAGUAUUUUGUUGUAUAUAUAUUUAAAUUUUAUAAAAUAUUUUUGUUGAAAUAAUAAUUUGCAAUGCCUGAAACCGGUGUGUAUAUAAAUAGUUCCCAGGAUUUUUUCAAUAUAAAAUUCCAUUCAAUUUUGCAAAAAAAAAAUAUUCAAAAAUUAAUUUAUAUUUAAAUUAUAUGUAUGGGUUCAAUUGUAUUUGUAUAGAUGACAAUCUGAUGUGUGCAUUUUCUAAGUGAACAAAGGAUGUAUUAGUUUAAUCAUUGAAAAGAAUAAAUCAAUUUGAAUACAUA